AUUUGCACUUCACAUCUCAGCUGGCAGGGUGUUCGGACUUCAAGUUGGAGAGCUGGUCUUAGGCAUUUUUAACGCUCUUUUGUUUGAAGUUUAUCUACAAACUCUAGCAAGUUUCGUUAUUUUGCAGUUUGCACGGUUGUGUGUUUGCUGCCUGUUCUAACGCCAAAGUUAGAUCGCUGAAGAAGCCAAGCCACUUUACUUCGUCGAGAAAUCCAUCGCACAAAAUGUUUGAGGCACGACUUGUCCAAGGCUCAAUCCUGAAGAAGGUGCUGGAGGCGCUGAAAGACCUGAUUACAGAAGCUUGUUGGGAUGUCAGCUCAUCAGGCAUUUCACUACAGAGUAUGGACUCUUCACACGUUUCCCUUGUGCAACUGACUCUCAGAAGUGACGGGUUCGACACAUACAGAUGUGACCGCAAUCUUGCAAUGGGGGUUAACUUGAGCAGCAUGUCCAAAAUCCUCAAGUGUGCCGGGAACGAUGACAUUAUUACACUCCGUGCCGAAGACAAUGCCGAUGCCCUUGCCCUCGUCUUCGAGACAACCAAUCAGGAGAAAGUGUCAGACUACGAGAUGAAACUGAUGGAUUUGGAUGUGGAGCAGCUUGGUAUCCCAGAGCAGGAGUACAGCUGUGUGGUCAAGAUGCCCUCUGGUGAGUUUGCCAGGAUCUGCCGUGACCUGUCGCAGAUCGGAGACGCAGUCAUGAUCUCCUGUGCCAAGGACGGCGUCAAGUUCUCCGCCAGCGGUGAGCUGGGCACCGGUAACAUCAAGCUGUCCCAGACCAGCAGCGUGGACAAGGAGGACGAAUCGGUAACCAUUGAGAUGAACGAGCCAGUGCAGCUCAUCUUCGCCCUCAACUACCUGAACUUCUUCACCAAGGCCACGCCCCUCUCCAAGACCGUCACCCUCAGCAUGUCCGCAGAUAUCCCCCUCGUGGUGGAGUACAAGAUUGCAGAUAUGGGUCACGUCAAAUAUUACCUGGCACCCAAGAUCGAUGAGGAGUCAUCCUAAUCCAGCUGCAACGCUGGGCCGAAUGCAACCUUGUUUCAUCACCACCUGUAUGGCUUUACAUAGUUAUUUGGAGAAGUGAAUCAGCCAACCCCCUUCAUAACAUGCUAUAUUAGGAAGCAUUUCUAUCUGUCAGGGAUGUUAAUGAUGGUAAUACUAUGCUGCUGUUGGCACUUCUCACAGGGACCAAUCAUUCACGUUUAAGAGUGGGGAAAAGGAUAAUAAUAAUGAGCUCCUGUUUUAUACGUGAAUUGUUUCCAAUAUAAGGAUUCUAAUUACUAUGCGACUCGUCUCCUUUUAAAAUGAAGUGACUAUGGUCGUCAGAGAUUAAAUAAUUUUGUAAAGCCAGUUACUUUGUCUCAAAAAAUGCCACCCAUCCCCCACCCCUUGUCUUUCGUAUCCUCUGGUUUGUCCUGUCCAACUGCCCAGCAUAUUGUUCCGCUGUGUAGAUACUUUUCUCUGUACAUACUCCUGAUUGGAUUCUGUUGUUUACCCGCUAAUAAACUUUUUGUAAUGAA